GUGGAGAGCGCUAAGACACCAUACUCGAGGAGUUCAUUGGAGCUUGGAAAAAUGGCUUCCUCCACAAGGCCUAAUAGCUCCAAUGAAAUCCAUGACAUCGAUGUAGUUACAGCUCAGAACUCCUACAUCUCUCCGACUCUUCUUCACCAGAAGAGCCUUAAAGAAGUCUUCCCACCCUUUCUUGCAAGAAAGGUUGUAGCUGAGACGAUCGCUACCUUUUUACUGGUAUUUGCCACCUGCGGCUCCGCCGCGUUGAGCAAGAGCAACCCAGGCCUGGUCUCGCAGCUCGGGGCAUCAGUCGCCGGAGGACUGAUCGUGACGGUGAUGAUUUAUGCCGUGGGGCACAUCUCGGGCGCCCACAUGAACCCUGCCGUCACGUUGGCCUUCGCCGUCGCCAGGCAUUUCCCAUGGAUUCAGGUCCCCUUUUACAUGGCUGCUCAGAUCUCCGGCGCCAUGAUCGCUUCCUUCGUCCUCCGCGAGCUGCUGCACCCGAUCACCGAUCUCGGGACCACGGCGCCGUCGGAUACGGCGGUGAAGGCACUGGUCAUGGAAAUCGUGGUGACCUUCUGCAUGAUGUUCGUCACGUCAGCGGUGGCGACGGACUCCAAAGCUGUAGGAGAGUUGGCAGGGUUAGCUGUGGGUUCAUCGGUGUGCAUAACCUCCAUUCUAGCUGGGCCGAUAUCUGGAGGAUCGAUGAACCCGGCGAGGACACUCGGACCGGCCGUCGCGAGCAGCAAUUACGACUCGCUUUGGGUGUAUUUUCUGGGCCCGGUGUUGGGCACCUUGUCAGGAGCAUGCUCCUACAGUUUCAUAAGGAUGACCGAGACGCAACCACAAGCCACUGCUGCACAGAAGCUAUCCUCCUUCAAGCUCCGCCGCUUGCAGAGCCUGGAAAUGGCGAGUCCUACCAACAACGCUUUCGAUAACAUUUAGUGAAGGGGCCUUGAUCUUGGAGGAGGAGGAGGAGGUUUCUGGGCAUCGCCAACUGUUGCCUCCAAUAAUCUAUCAGCAUAUAUUAGCUGAAGUCUCUACUCGUGAGCUAUGUGAAAUAUUGGAUAUGGUAAUGCGGUUUUUGAAGCCUUAAAUUCCAAGGCAGCAUUAACGUGGAGCUAUAUAUUUUCACUA